AUGCACGUCUUACUAACAAAUGAUGAUGGUCCUUUAAACGACCAAACAUCUCCAUAUGUUAAAUAUUUGGUUGAUGCUAUUGAAAAAUACACUGACUGGGACCUUUCCAUUGUUUUACCAAAUACCCAGAGAUCAUGGAUUGGUAAAGCCCAUUUUGCAGGUAAAGAUUUAACAGCUUCCUUUAUUUAUCCAACUAAUGAAGGUAAUAUUUAUCAAGGUCCCUUCCCAACCCCAAAUAAAGAAUUAACUAAAAAUUCAAAAGAAUGGGCAUUAUUAGAUGGUACUCCAGCUUCUUGUGCAGAUAUUGGUAUUCAUCAUUUAUACCAGGAAAAAGGUCCAGUGGAUUUAGUCAUCUCUGGUCCAAAUUUUGGUAGAAAUUCAACUGCUUUAUAUAUAACUUCUUCAGGUACUGUUGGUGCUGCAAUGGAAGCUGCUCUAACUGGUGUCAAAUCUAUUGGUAUCAGUUAUGCUUUUGAAAGUCGUACUACAGACCCAAUAAUUACAGCCGAAGCUGCAAAGAUAAGUGUUGAAUUGAUUAAACAUCUUUAUGAAAAUUGGUCAAAAGAUGCUGAUUUAUAUUCAAUUAAUAUUCCAUUAAUCAAAUCAUUGAAAUUGGGUGAAACAAAGAUCCAAUAUGUUCCAAUUUUACCUAACCAAUGGGGUUCAAUCUUUAGUAAAGAAGAACAACAACCCCCAUCAAACCAAAUUCAAUUCUCUUGGAGUCCAAAUUUCCAUACUGUUCAUGAAUCAGUAGUUGCUUCUGAAGCAAAAGGUGAAGUUAAUGAUGGUGUUAUUUUAUUAAAUGGUGGUAUAAGUGUCACUCCAUUAAAAGCCAUUUUCAAAGAUGUUCCUCUCACUGGUGAGAUUAAUCUAAAAGUUGGAUUUGCAAAUAUUUCAAUUGAUAAAAAUUCAUACAUUUAUCCAGCAUUAGUUCAAGCCGUAUCAAAGCAUUUACCAAAUAUAAGAAUAGUGGAUAAUAAUGAUCAUUCUGGUAAAGUUUUCCAAUGUGGUGAAUAUGAAGAAUUAGAUUUUGAUAAAAUUCAUGAUGAAGAUAGUUAUUUCAUCAAUUCAUACAUUUAUAGAAAGGCAUUGAUUAGAAAACAUUAUUUAGCUCAUACUAUCCAUUCAUACGUUGUGAAGAAUCCUGAUUCAAUUUUGAAAAAAGCAUUCCCAGAUACAUUCAAUUUAGAAGUUGAUUAUGCUGAAUUUUUAGAGGAUUCAUUAGAUGAAGCAUAUGAAUUAAGAACCGAGAUUGAAAAUGGUGAUAAAACAUGGAUAUUAAAACCAAGUAUGAGUGAUCGUGGUCAAGGUAUUCGUAUCUUCCAAACAGUUGAACAAUUACAAGCAAUUUUUGAUUCUUUUGAAGAAGAUGAAACUGAUGAAGAAGGUGAAAUUGCUCAAGAAGAAAAUCAUGGUGUCAUUACAUCUCAACUACGUCAUUUUGUUGUUCAAGAAUAUCUUGAUGAUCCAUUAUUAUUACCUGCUUACCAAAAUAAGAAAUUUCACAUAAGAACUUAUGUUGUUUCUAAUGGUUCUAUUGAAGUUUUCGUUUAUAAGAAAAUGUUGACUUUAUUUGCCUUAUCAACUUAUUCAAAACCACAAGAAAAUGAUCAAGGUGAAAUUGAAUUAUAUGGACAUUUAACAAAUACUUGUUUACAAGGUGAAAAAGCAUUGGAAAAUAAUAGUGUUGUGGAAUUUUGGGAGCUUGUUGGAUUGACCAAAGCUGAAAAAGAACAUAUUUUCAAGCAGUUGGUGGAAACAGUUGGUGAAGUUUUCAAAGCUGCUGUUAAUGUUGAUAAAAUGAAUUUUCAACCUUUAAAUAAUGCAUUUGAGAUAUUUGGAUUGGAUUUCAUUGUUGAUUCUGAAUUGAAUGUCACGUUAUUAGAAAUCAACUCAUAUCCAGAUUUCAAACAAACAGGUGACGAUUUGAAACCAUUGAUUUAUGAUUUAUUCGAUUCAGUUAUCCAAACGUGUGUUAAACCAUUCUUUGACGGCUCCAAAACUAAAGAAUCCAAUCAAUUACUAAUUAAAGCAUUCGAAGAAAAUACAAAUGGGAAUUGGUGA